GAGCGGACACGUUUACAGGACGCAUCCGCAGCACGUGUUUUUUUCCCUGCCGCAGGCGACGUUUUAAUUACUGGCAUCGGUGUUAAUUGAAAUGUCCGUUUUAUGAUGUGAUAACGCGUUUUUUGGAUUGUUGUAAAAAAAAAAGUGAUUUAUCGGCCAUCAACAUGUCAGACCACGAAUUGACGGAAGACGACCACGAGAUCAACGUCUUGGACACCGACAGUCGACUGUCGCACAGUGAUAGUGACCCCAGGAGCUCCAGGAGUCGCUGUUCGAGUCCGGAGAACGGGGCCACCACCAACGCCACCCUCCCGUUCAGCAUCUCCAAUCUGCUGGGGAAGAACUUCGAGCAGAAGACCGACGUCGGCGAUGCCGGCGCCCUUUAUCAAUCCGCCGGUUUUUUUUCGCAGAGAGGUGCCUUAGGACUGAUGCCCGCGGGCUUUUACGGACAGGGUGUUUUGAGGGUGCCGGCACACAGGCCGGUCGGCGGUCCGGGCAGUCCGGGGGCGGUGUUCAACCCCUGGACGUUGGGCUUGGACCCGGUGCUGCAGAGGUCCGCGGCGGCGGCGGCCUUCGCGUCGCAAGUGGUCAAGGAUAGGCUGGCCGCUUCGUUCCCGAUGACCAGGCGGAUAGGACAUCCCUACCAGAACAGAACGCCGCCGAAGAGGAAAAAGCCUCGAACGUCCUUCACGAGACUUCAGAUCGCCGAGCUGGAGAAGAGGUUUCACAAACAGAAGUACCUAGCGUCCGCCGAGAGGGCGGCGCUCGCAAAAACCCUGAAGAUGACCGACGCCCAGGUCAAAACGUGGUUCCAAAAUAGACGGACGAAAUGGAGACGACAGACUGCGGAAGAAAGGGAAGCGGAAAGACAAGCAGCCAACCGACUGAUGCUGUCGCUUCAGGCGGAAGCCCUCACCAAGGGCUACAUGAGCGAAGCCCCCCAAGCAUCCGCGGGAACCGGCGACAGCGCGCUCAGCGCCCUCCAAAACCUCCAACCGUGGGCAGGACCGUACAGCACCCCUCAGCCGGCACUGGCAGAAUCGAUGUGUUGAACAGAAAAGUGAUAAUUGUGACGAAUCAAGGCUUUAAAGUAUAUCCCGGUGUAAAUAGCCCCCGCCCCAACCAAACUCGUGUCAGACGUUUGAAAACGUGUAAAAGUUCUUUGUGCCGCAAAUUCAAACCGCUGAAUCUUCAUUCGAUGGACCAAAAUGAACAGAGGUUGAAUGAAUAGUUGAGAAAAAAUUCAGGAGGUUUUUUCUAAGAAGAUGCAAUCUUCAGGUAGCUGUAUCCCACACUAUUUUCUGACAAGAAAACACUCCUUAAAUUUUUCUCAACUUUCAGUUACACCUUGUGUAGUUGUCUAGAUUUGAAGUUUACUCUGUCGAAAAAAGGUACCAAGAAUUCGCCAUCUUCAAAGUUUUUUCAACAGCAACUUUUUCAAAACAUUUUCAUUUGACAGAAAAAUAUUGCAGUCAGUCGACAGUUUUCGACAGAAGUACAAGAAUGGCCCGUGUAUAGUGUAUAGUAGAUCGGAGAAUGAGGUGAAAAAAUUUUCGAACGCGAAUCGAAUGAAGAUUCUCAACUUAUUCUCCUGUUUUGUAAAUAACCACUUGUAAAAUUGUGAUUCUCGAGAUACCUUAGGUGCAAUAUACAAACACGAAAUGGCGAUGUAGAAACAAUGUGUCAUCGUAUUUAAAAAAAAAAAACGUUCGUGACGAAAAAAGGACGUUUAUCCAAUUGUGAAACGAGGAAGAGAUUGCUAGCACGUAUAAUUACUUAGUAAGAAUGAAAACCGUAGUGUGAUCUAUGUAUUAUAAACAUUGUAAUUGUAGAUAAUAUUCGUAAUUAUUGUAAGCACUAGAAUACGUUGGUAUUACUAAA